AUGAACGAACUACGUCAAAAACAUGAACUCUGCGACAUCAUUUUACGAAUAGAAGAUCAUGAAUUUGAGGCGCAUAAAGUGGUCCUUGCUGGAUGUUGUCCAUAUCUGCGUGCUAUGUUCACUAACGGCAUGCUGGAAACUGACAAAAAUUACAUUGAAAUACAAGGAGUUGAUCCAAUGGCCAUGGAACUACUCUUAGAAUUUAUGUACACUGGAAAAAUUGAAAUUACUGUGGAGAACGUACAAGGUGUUCUAGCUGGUGCAAGUAUGCUAAACCUUGCCAGUCUACGCAAUGUUUGUUCUUCCUUUCUUCAGUCUCAACUAGAUGCCUCCAAUUGUCUAGGUAUCCAUUCCUUUGCUGAUAUGUACUCUUGUGUGGAUUUAGAAAACGCUGCAAGAAGAUACAUUUAUCAACACUUUUUAGAAGUGAUUAAAACAGAAGAAUUCCUCCUCAUAUCUCAUAAUAGCUUGAUAGAUCUUUUAAAAAGUGAUAAACUUCAAGUCACUCGCGAAGAAGAAGUUUAUGAAGCUGCGAUGAAAUGGAUUAAAAUUGAUUAUUCCAAUCGUAAACAUUUGAUGUUUAAGUUAAUGCAACAUAUACGACUGGCGUUGCUUGAUAUGCACUAUUUAAAAGAAGUUGUUUACAAGACAGAUUGCGUUUUACAGAAUGCAGAAUGUCGGAGUCUUGUGGAGAAAGCGUUAAAGAUACGCAAUGAUAAUCAGGCAUUGGCGUUGAUAGGAAACCGAGCACAGCCUCAGAGUAUUUACGUAGUUGGUGGUCGGAAUAGCGUAGAUUGCCAGUUAAGUAGCCUUGAGAGGUAUGACGCCAUCAGAGAUAAAUGGGUCCCACAGGAGUGCAUGACGAUGGCAAGGACUGCGGUAGGUGCAGCAACGCUUAACGGAAUACUUUACGCAGUUGGAGGGGAAUGUGCUUUAGCUGACAGUGAGGAAACAAUGUAUUUAAGAUGCGUAGAAUGUUAUGAUCCUUUACAUAAACAAUGGAUUCAGGCGGACGAUAUCAACGUUGCAAGGUCUUUUAUAACUGUGGCGGCUUUGGGUGGAUAUCUCUAUGCUAUCGGGGGAGAAAAUAGAUCAUGUAGUUUUAAUACUGUAGAGAGAUACGAUGACAGGACAAAUGAGUGGUCACUAAUAUCAAGUAUGAAGAGAAAGAGAGCUGGUGCUGGAGUGGCCGUUUGUGAUGGAAAAAUUUUUGUUGCUGGUGGAUAUGACAAAGGAUAUCAUACAGAUAGAGCCAGCGUGGAAUGUUUUGAUCCAGAAACACAAGAAUGGUCAUUUGUAGCCGAGAUGGAAAAGGCUAGAUCUGGUCUAACUUUGGUUGCCAUGGAUCACUUUCUCUAUGCAUUUGGUGGUACACUAAGACACACAGACCAGUAUUUUGAUGUAGCUGAAAGAUAUAACACACAGACGCACCAAUGGACUUGUAUACAGCCUAUGAACAGAGCUAGAGCAUGGCCAGCGGUGGCUAUAUUUGACAAUUGUAUCUAUGUUAUUGGCGGCUUUGAUGGUUCAAAUAGACUACGUACUGCUGAGAAAUACGAUCCACAUACAAAUACAUGGACUUACAUCAGUAACAUGAAUGUCAGCAGAGCUGGCUGUGGUGCUGCCGUCAUUUGACCAGACAUGUGACUAAUUGGACUAUUACAAACUAGCUAGG